UCUUUUUUUGAAUUCUAAAGCAACCAUUUACAUUACAAUUUUCUCAGCAACCAAACGCUACUUAACAACCUUCUCACUCCUUCACUGCAUUCUAAUUCCGACACCUCACAGCAAUGGCAGCCUCCGCCAACUCCCCCGGCGGUGCUCUGCCGGAGCUAACCAACCGCACUCCAUUUCUAGGCCUCAAACUCUACCUCCUGAUCCUCAUUCUCCUCUUGAUCGUGGUUACGACCUUGCUCAUCGUCUUCCUCUGCGCUCGCCGGAGCCGGAGCUCCGAGAAGGGCCAAAUGCGGGUGAAGCACAGCUCCGGCACAAUCCCGCUCGUCUCGAAGGAGAUCGUGGAGGUGCUCAGAAUUGAACACGUGGACGACGAUCCGAAGAAGGUGGAGAUCGAAGAGAGCGGUGGUGGUGCGCCGGUGGAGUCUCCGUCGGCGAACAUAGGAUGGGGCCGGUGGUAUAGCCUGAAGGAGCUGGAGAUGGCAACUGAUGGCUUUGCAGAAGGGAAUGUGAUCGGAGAAGGAGGGUAUGGGAUUGUAUUCAGAGGAAUUCUGCAGGACGGUUCUGUGGUUGCUGUGAAGAAUCUUAUCAACAACAACAAGGGUCAAGCAGAGAAAGAAUUUAAGGUGGAGGUUGAAGCCAUUGGAAAAGUGAGGCAUAAGAAUUUGGUGGGGUUAGUUGGAUAUUGUGCAGAAGGUGCUCAAAGGAUGCUUGUUUAUGAAUAUGUUGACAAUGGAAAUUUGGAGCAGUGGCUGCAUGGUGAUGUAGGGCAGGUUAGCCCCUUGUCGUGGGAUUUACGAAUGAAGAUUGCUGUUGGAACUGCAAAAGGACUAGCCCACUUGCACGAAGGCUUAGAACCCAAAGUUGUCCAUCGAGAUGUAAAAUCAAGUAAUAUUCUUUUGGACAAAAUGUGGAAUGCCAAAGUAUCAGACUUUGGACUGGCCAAGCUCUUAGGACCUGAGAAAAGCUAUGUGACAACGCGUGUAAUGGGGACAUUUGGAUAUGUUUCACCUGAGUAUGCAAGCACGGGCAUGCUUAAUGAGGGCAGUGAUGUGUAUAGUUUUGGUAUUCUACUUAUGGAACUAAUUACAGGAAGAAGUCCCAUUGAUUAUUCUAGACCAGCUGGAGAGAUGAGCUUGGUUGAUUGGUUUAAGGGAAUGGUAGGAAGUCGUCGCGGUGAUGAGCUAGUUGAUCCUUUAAUUCAGAUUCAACCCUCUCCAAGAUCUCUGAAACGAGCUUUACUGGUUUGUCUGCGCUGUAUAGAUUUGGAUGCUUGUAAGCGACCAAAGAUGGGUCAAAUUGUUCAUAUGCUUGAGGCGGAUGAUUUUCCCUUUCGUUCUGAACGUCGAACAAAUAGAGAGAAAGAUGAUGUUCCCUCUCAAGCAGCUGUUUCUAGUAAGGUCCCAUAUCCAAAAAGGCAUGUGGAGCCCAUAUCAUGGAGAUGAUUUUCUCUUUUUCUGCUUAUGGCAUUGCAGAUUAGCUGUUCUAAUCAUUUUCAAUUUAUGAAAAAGUAAGAAGCCAUUGUGCAUAUGUAGUUACGUUUCUUUAGGUCUCUAGCAUAUUUUUGUGCAGUGUAUCUUGCGAAGAAAUGAGCCCUGUAAAUAUGUAUCUCUCACAAACUAUCAA